AUGGCGGACCGCGUGCACUUGUUCGCGAACUUCAAACAUAGCAGCGAUCCGGUCAGGCAAGAACUUGCAACUCGCGCCCUUCGCUAUGAACCCACAGACACUGAGCGGGCGCUCGAGCAGACGCGGGAUAGCCAGAUCGCUGCUAAACGCGAUACCGCCGCUGGACAUCUCGAGAUGAAAAAGUCCAGCGCUCGUCUCUUAGCAGCAGCCAAGCUCUUCCAGAAGUUCAGUGAAGCGAAAGCCAAGCAUGCUAGAGACUUGGAGACAGCACUAGAUGAGCAGAAAGAACAACUUGUGCGCAGUCCCGCAGCAGAGCUUGAAGAAAUGAAGAAGUAUACCCAAGAGCUUGAUACAUACAAGAAGCAAGCAGAAGCACAGUACGAUCAGCUAGAGCAUGCGUGUAGGUUUGCACAGGAUACAGACGACGUGAUCGGCACCAUGGAGCGCAUCAUCGCCAAGUCGAAGGACGUGGCUACGAAGCAGGGUGUCCUCAUUCAACAGCUUCGUCAGGCUUCACCGUGA